ACUCAGGCUGGGCUGGGCAGGCCCCCUACUCAGUUCGCGCCGCGCCGUGCUGUACUGCGCUCGGGCCCAGCCCGCCCAGCCCAAGGGCCUAACUUCGCCGAGGCCCCAGCGAGGCCCGACCAAGAAAAUGAGGGUCCGGGCGUAGCGGUUCCACGCCCCUCGGAUGGGGAUACUGCUGCUCCGACAUGAGGAUUACACAGGCAUGGCUCGUGGCGCUGGCCUGUCUCGCCUCCGCGCCCUUGCUAGCUCUGUGCUCAGAGGACGAGGAGCGGCUGGUCCGGGACCUCUUCCGAGGCUACAACAAACUCAUCCGGCCCGUGCAGAACAUGACGCAGAAGGUGGACGUGCGGUUCGGGCUCGCCUUCGUGCAGCUCAUCAACGUGAAUGAGAAGAAUCAAAUUAUGAAAUCGAACGUGUGGUUAAGAUUGGUGUGGAGCGACUACCAGCUUCAAUGGGACGAAGCGGACUACGGGGGAAUAGGAGUUCUCAGGCUACCACCAGACAAAGUGUGGAAGCCGGAUAUUGUGUUGUUCAAUAAUGCCGAUGGUAACUACGAGGUCCGGUACAAAUCUAACGUGCUCAUUUACCCCAAUGGAGAGGUCCUCUGGGUCCCGCCAGCGAUUUAUCAGAGUUCCUGCACCAUCGACGUCACUUACUUCCCCUUCGAUCAGCAGACGUGCAUCAUGAAGUUUGGCUCGUGGACGUUCAACGGGGACCAGGUCUCGCUCGCGCUCUACAACAACAAAAACUUUGUGGAUCUGUCCGACUACUGGAAGUCUGGCACCUGGGACAUCAUCGAGGUGCCGGCCUACCUGAACGUUUACACGGACGACCAGAAGCGGCACCCCACCGAGACGGACAUCACCUUCUACAUCAUCAUCCGGCGCAAGACCCUGUUCUACACCGUCAACUUGAUUCUGCCCACCGUGCUCAUUUCGUUCCUCUGCGUGCUCGUCUUCUACCUACCCGCCGAGGCCGGCGAGAAAGUGACGCUCGGCAUCAGUAUCCUGCUGUCACUGGUUGUGUUCCUGCUCCUGGUGAGUAAGAUCCUUCCCCCGACGUCGCUCGUGCUGCCGCUCAUCGCCAAGUACCUGCUGUUCACCUUCAUCAUGAACACCGUGUCCAUCCUGGUGACGGUCAUCAUCAUCAACUGGAACUUCCGAGGCCCGCGCACGCACCGCAUGCCGCCGUGGAUCCGGACCGUGUUCCUCUACUACCUGCCCAUCCUGCUGGUCAUGAAGCGGCCCAAGAAGACGCGGCUGCGGUGGAUGAUGGAGAUGCCGGGCAUGUCGGCGCCGCCGCACCCGCAGUACGGCUCGCCGGCCGAGCUGCCCAAGCACCUGGCGCCCGGCGGCAUGGGCGGGCCCAUGGGCGGCAUGGGCGGCAUGGGCAUGGGCGGCAUGGCGGGCAAGAGCAACACGAUGGAGCUCAGCGACCUGCACCACCCCAACUGCAAGAUCAACCGCAAGACGAGCGCCGACCUCGCCGUCGGCGGCGUCGGCGGCUCCUCGCUGGGCGGCGGCGUGGCGGGCCUGGGCGCGGGCGGGCGGCGCGAGAGCGAGUCGUCAGACUCGCUGCUGCUGUCGCCGGAGGCCUCCAAGGCCACCGAGGCCGUCGAGUUCAUCGCAGAGCACCUCCGGAAUGAGGACCAGUACAUUCAGAUCCGUGAGGACUGGAAGUACGUCGCCAUGGUGAUCGACAGGCUGCAGCUGUACAUCUUCUUCCUCGUCACCCUGGCCGGCACGGUGGGCAUCCUCAUGGACGCGCCGCACAUCUUCGAAUACGUGGACCAGGAUCGUAUCAUAGAGAUAUACCGUGGCAAGUGAAGAGGUGCACCACGGGGCCCGUCGGGCUCGUGGGGUUCAGGGCGUGCGCGCGCGCGUGCGGGCCGCCACCCGCGUUGUUGUUGUUCUUGUUGAGUUGUCGUUUGUGUUAUGUGUUUGUGUUCGUCCACUUUUACAACUACUACUUGAUGGACCAAAACAAAUUAAUCUCCUUUCUCUCAAAUACUCGUCGUCGUUUUUACGCCCCACUCCCUCUGGGGAGAAUGGGGCGUUUCUUUUCGUUGUGGACAAUUUUUUUUACGGAAAGAAAGAGGACUUGCAUUAGUUUUUCGGCCAGCUGUCGGCUUUCAGCUCGGGCCCUUCUGAAAGGGGAGGCCCGUCAAGUCGCCGUCCAGUCCAACGCCCGGCCGAGGAUCCGCUCAAGCUUGUGAAGAUGUGCCCCAUCCUUUCCCCCUCCUCCUCUCCCUCGUCCACCCUCUGCCCCCAUCACCCCGUCACUCCCCCCCCCCCUUCCCUCCCCUCCCCGUUCAGCACGCUCCUGCUGCUCGGCGACCAACUCGCCGGUGGUGGCGUUGUGGGUGGCAGCUCAGCUAAUCGGAACUUCCUCCGCUGUAACCGGGAGAGGCUCGGCUUACUGUCGAGUACCUAUUGAGCGCCUGCGCCACUCACGUUUAUCUCCUGCGCUGACGGAAUACACUCCUGCCCACGUCAUCGUGUUGUGAGCUCAUACUUCAGUGACGGUAAGCGCGUCUCGGAAUAGUUUAAUCUGCUAUAUUUGGUGGAUUGAUGCGGGUGGGUAUAUGAGCCCUCAUGACUCAUCCGAGUGAUGGGGCCCACGCCAUCGUGUCAUCCCUCCUUCAUAUAUCGUAAAAGAACAACAGGAAGCGGGAAAAAAUCGCACAACCACCUGCAGCUUUUGUUGAGAAGACUUGUUUUGUGUUUAGUGUCGCUUAGUUUGAAAUUGAAAUGUCAAUCAGUAGACGUGAGAGUAGCGCGGAUAACUAACAAUUUUAAUCAUAAAAUGCGAAUCCUACCAUGCCGUAUCAUCGUGUGUUUGGUUCUCCAGUGAGCCGUGCUGACGUGGGAGGCACACCUGGGCAGACUGUGGAGCUGAGCUGUGGGCCCCGCGCUUUAAAACCAUUGUAUUAAUGUGUAAAAUUUUGUUUAAAUGUAAGAUUUAAAACAAAGUAAAUGAACGUAGGGAUUAAUGCAGCCAAAAAUUUGGGUUAUCUCCAUAAGCUAAAGAAAACUAAUCUCCAUUUUAAGACUAGAUAUUAAACUUUGAAAACGUGGUGAGCAACGUACUAAAAAACGACAGUAAUAAACUAUAAAAUUUUCCAACACAAGACGUCGCACUGUUUUCACGAAGAUCUCCAAAUGCUGUAAACGUUCCCACGUAGUUACUAAUUUCUAAUAUGUGCGUGGUGUAAUGGUGUAGUUCGUGAAGUAUGUAUCGUGAUUUUAUGCCCCGUUCACUUAUUCGGUCUAACUCUGUUUGCCGUGCAGAUAUAGCUCAGUGAUAUGAUGUCGAAACGAUAUCCCUUCGAUAUCGUCCGGAUAUCGUAUUGACAGUCAUUGCACUGAGGUAAGGUGGUGGUGGGAAGGGGUCUGACCGAACCGAAAGUGGUAGUAUAAAGAGUGAGAUCGGAUUCCCCACUGCACCGCAAGUCAGUCGAAACCAUUACAAAAGUGGAAGUGUACGGAGUUUCCAAAUCAGUUUUUUUUUUUUUUUUUAAAUAGACAUUGAUGUGGACUCGUUUAUAGGAUCAUAGUAUCGGGAGCAAGAUGCUAACCAAGUUUUCCUGUUGCAUGUGUCAUUCCUAUACAAUACUGUACUGAGUCUAUCCGCGGCGAGGGCAGGAGGGCGAUAUUGUUUACGGUGUUGGGUCAUGCCAGGGAUUAUCCUGGGGCAUUUACUUUUCAUAUCAAUAAUAAAAAAAAAUAAAAUAAUAAUGAAACCGCAUUGGGGGACGACGGGCACUGUUAAUCCAGAGUAUCCAGUGACUAGAGACUGUUCCAAACCACAAUGAACGUUCCCUGGGGUGACGCAAGAGAACGUUACAACGUUAUUCCUGCGCGCGAGUCCUAUGGCCCCUGCACAAUCAGGGCCGGCCGCCAUCUCCACGCGGCUGCCUGGCGGGUUGGCCUACCCUGCGCGCUGUAGGCGCUGGCGUCGACGUCCUCUCGCGCGAAACCUUCAUUCUGAGGGCGCCACAAGUCGAACAGAAAUCCUACAUAUAACAGAGAGUUGCACACUCCCUCUGUUGAACCAGUGAAAUUAUCAUCUUGAAAAACUGUUGCCAGUGCCACACCAAGUUUGUUGUUAGAUAUGUCUUGGCUCUUGCGGCAGCCUGGUCGCCUAGUUACUGGACAACAGGUCAACAGUGCAGGGUCAUAGGGUGAAAUUUAGUACAAUACUCGAGUCCCUAUGGGAUCGUCAAGAAAAUACGUCCGUCAUUCGCCGUUACGAAAUUGCCAACUUCACCCUGUGUAAGCUCUAGCGCCUUACAGGUAGGCAAUAUCUUGCCUGCAGUGCAUGCGUGUACGGCGGUGUGGCCUAACCGGAAUCACGCAGGCGCCGACCUCCCGUAAAUUGCCGAAUGAAUCUGAGGGAAAAAGCGGACGUACUUCCUGGACGACCCCUAUGCCACUCGCUGACACAUUUACAUCGUUUGCUUGGCAGGUCCGCGUCUUUGUAUAUUAAAAACAAAUGUUAUUAACAAUAAUUAUUAUAACGGUAAUAACAUGCAUUAACUUUCUUACAUCCAAGUAACCAAUUUUUCGAUGAUUAGUUUCAAAACAAAAUUAAUAAUGAAAAAAAAACAUAUUGUAUUGAAUACGUCACUGCCGAGCUCUUAGGAAGAGUAGUGAAUGCUGCUGUCUUAUUGCCUUGCGUAAAGGUAGACGACCGGGAAGACUUUAUCGCGUCCUCUAAUUCCUUUCAAAAACUCCCUGAUGCCUGAUUCUCACGAGGGCCUGGGUGAGGGAGGAAAGCGCUGUUACCACAGUAGAGGUAGAUCUGAGGAAAGUGGGGAAUGCCAAUAAUGCACCAGUUACGCGCCAAAACUCACUACUCUUGAUUGCAAUGAGAAUCGGCACUGCUGUCACUAAUUUAGCAGUGGUAAAAUAAGUAGAUCAUGAGAUACACUGUUAUUUAAACACUGUGACGUCACAUUUAAACGACUGAGACUCGUGUCACGUUGUUUAGAAUACUGUGUCACAUUCUAACGUUGACACGCACUCAUGCACAUAGCCUCAGUGAGGCGCUGUGACGGCAGAGAGGGUGAGGUUCGAACGAAUUUGUAUUCUAAAACAUGUAAUACGCAAUUUAUAGUUGAUUGCAUGUGACGUCACAGUCUUUGAAUUACAGUGCAAUUUUUAAAAUAAAUAGAUUAAUUUUUUUUAAAGAAUGCGGGCCGUGCUUUUCAGUGGAUGGCUGUCAAAUAUUUGUUAAAUAAUUUAAUAGAUUUGCAGUUUUUAUAGUUGAUGUAUUUUAUAUUUUCUUGUCUCGAAACGCUAACUGCUUGAACUAGAGCAAGUAAAUCUUCGCUAAAACUGUCGGUUCAAGAGAAUCAGUAAAUCUGAAUUCUUCCUCGGAAUCUUUCAUUCCCAAACAAGCCUUAAACCCUUAAAAUAUCGCGAUCCAAACACCGGGGGUACGGUAAAUUGGGACGAUUCUCAGCCACCGCGAGCAGUCUGCCUGCAAACAGACGUAAUGCAAGGCCAUUGGAUCUUGAUACUGUCGUUCGUUACCAUGUUAUUGUGCUUCUUCGCACGAGCAACGCUAAUCGAGUGUUCUCGCUGUCCAUGUAUGAUCCAAACAACCAAAGAGCCGCACCGCGGAGAGCUGGUGCAGUCGCGCUCCUUUUUGCGACGGAUUGCAUAGACUGACCUUUCAAGAUUUUCCUUCUUGUCGUGAACUUGUAGCCUGCUGUUGAGGAAGAGGAGCUGGCGGUGUGAGGGUAUUUCGGGCAUACGGCGUGCUUUUGGUGGAAGAGAGGUUGCCACGGACAAUAUCCUAGAAAAUGUUGUAAGUUUACUCAGAGCUGGUGAAUGCAAUGGGAAAGGCAAAGUUCCCGAGGAGGUAUUUUGCGUGUGCUCCCUCCCUGAGAAAUAAGCUCAAUCGCAUGGUGCAUGAAUCUGGCCGCGGUCUUCCCCGCAAACGUCACGACGGUGCCGCAGCCGUUGCACAGGCACAUUUUAUUUGGCUGUAGGUGUCUACGACAUUAUCAAAUAUUAAUAAUUGUAUGGAAAAAAGACCGCGGCAAGAUGAGGAGGGUCUAGUCGGUGGCGAGCGCUGCCAACUCUGUUGCCCAUGUGCCAAAAAAUGAAUCGUAAAAUUAAAAUUUAAUCGGAUAUUCUGUAAGCCCGCUCGCCGUUGAUUUGGCCCGGCCUCCCCAUUUUCCUUUUACUAUUAGUGUUCGUAUAGUAGGGUUACCGUUUCACAAGACUAUAAGCAACAUGUUUUGUAUAAGGGAUAACUAAGGCCAUAUGUUUUCAGUGGUGCCAACCACAAAUGUUCAGGAACAAUGGGUGGAAUUUGCUCUGGGCUCUGUCAAUAACUUAAUAUGACGUGUUCAGUGCAUGUGAGCAUCAAAGAUAUACUACUUAUUUUAAUAAAAGCUGUGGUGAAGACUUUUUAGGCUACUAAUUAUUAGUGUUAAUUAUUUCAAACAGGCUCCUGCGAGGAUAAUCUCGUUAUGGUGCCGCAAUAUGUGUCGUCCUGAUUCACCCGUGUGUUGGCACUACUGCAAUACAAUAUAACUCCUCCACAAGUUCCUUGCGAACAGACGGUGUUCAUCGCGCUGACUGCGCUAACUGGAUUAAUGGCCGAUUUAAUUUAGUGCUCAUUUCUCCGUUUGUGUCCGACAGGAUCUUCUCUUUGAAGUAAAUGUUCGUGUAAAAAGAUGAGUGAAGAAGUUUUGUCCUUGAUGCUGUCAGAGACAUGUAAUAAAGUAAACCGUGUCCCUUCAAGGAAGAGAUCCUGUUUUGUUGUAGACAGUGUUAUCCUUAAGUUAUCCAGUGCUCAAAAUACCAUAGUGUUAAUGUAAUAUGUAAAGAGAAUGCCGGGCAGGACACUGGAGAUGCCUCGAUGUUCUCUAUAAUCAGCAGUUUUGUAUGUGUAAAAAUGCAAAAAAAUACCUCCAGUCCUUUAAGUGUGGGUGGCUACAACACUCCAGAUAGACCUCGAAUAUUUUCCAACCACUGAUGUUGUAUCAAACCAAGUGCUUGCGACGGCGUCUUUUGGGCGAUCUGACCAAAACGUGUCGCUCUGAUUUGACUUUUUUUAAAAGAAUAAUAAAAAAUAAAAUUUA